AACCAACACACACAUUAUAGUAACUUGUGUGUGUGGUUUUUUUUUUACAAAUAAAUAAACCAACCAAUCAGUGAUGAGGAGGCUCAUUUUCCUAUAAUGCCUUUUGCCAUCUGUGAGUUUUUAAUGCUCAAACCUUCAGAAUUGGUGCAUUACUUUAAUACUAAAAGAUAUGUGAUAUUUUCACUUUGUAAAAAUAACAGUUGAUGUUAAUAUCAAUAAACUGUCCGGAAUUAUUAAAUCAAACCAUAAGUCAAAACUGCUUUGCUUUUGAUGCCUUUUGCCACAUGUCUGGGGCACUGUGUGUUGAAUGUAAAUGACACUUCCUUACGGCAGUGUGCGGUAACAGAAUUUCUGACUCAUUUGUGAUCACCUCUGAUUGUAUUCCGAAGCAUUGGUGGAGCUUAAACUCAAAACUGACUUGUCAGUAGCUGUCAGUGUACUGAAGUUAAUAUUAAAAGUUAGCGGUUUGGUGUUGUAAAAGUUAACUUUUCAGUUAGUAGAUUAGAGGUUAUCGAAGCUAACUUUGUGGUUAGCUAUGUCCACUACUGAUUUUGAAUACUAAACGUAAAUCAGGCAUCUCCAUAUAAAAACAAUUAAAAAUAUAUAUAAAAGCCAAAAUGAUGGGUUGCAUAAGUAAUGGAAUGCUUUGGUAUAAUACCUGUAAAUAAUCAGUUGUAUUGCCAGUGUAUUUGUUCCCCUCACCCACCACGCCAGCUGAUAGUGUCAGGUGGAUUUAGGUGCACAGGUAGAAGCAACACAUGGUAGUACGUUUAGUCACCAAAGUCCAGGUUUUCCAUCUCUGCCACUAUUUUAAGUAGUAUUUUCAUUAGUAAUUUUGCAGAAAUGCCAAGAAAGGUGAAAGAAAAACUGAAGGAGAAGACGGCAGCCCUCAUCCAGUCAGACAGCAGGGACACCAGUUCUGUCAUUCCACCCAUGCAGCGGAAUCUCCCUCUGAAUGAGGUUCAUCCACCAGCUGCACCUCUGAAGAAGGUUCCGACCCAUGUGUUGGACCCUAACACCUGUGCUCCUACACGUACUCCAACAGCUAUCCUGCCGGCCACCAGCACUCUGCCUUCGGUGGCCAGCCAGAACCCAUCUUACGGCACAGUCCGCAUUCAGCAAUCCGGCACCAAGAGGGCCAGAGGGUCCAGUCCAGACAGCAGUGAGGACAGUGAGGAGGAACGAGGGGUACCCAAACACGCAAAGAGACGCACCAAGCUGCAGCCUACCAGCGACCUUACUGAGGAACAGGAGGACGAGCUGGUUGAGUGGAUCAGGAAGAGACCCAUCUUCUAUGACCAGUCCAUGCGGGAGUUCAAGAACAAGCACAAGAAGAACAGGCUGUGGGAGAUGAAGGCCAAGAAGAUGGGUGUGGAUGCCAUUGCCCUCAUGACUUGGUUCCGGAACAAAAGGACCAUCUAUUGCAAGCUGAAGAAGACAAAGUCCGGCCAGGCAGCGAGAACGCUGACUGGCCGACAGCGCUGGACCCUGGAGACCUUCAAGUUCCUGGACGAGUAUCUGACUGUGCGCACUGCAUCCAGCCAGCUUGGCGUGACCAGGGGUCUACAUCCAACCACCCAGGGGGAUGAGGAAGAGGAUGAAGGACUCCACAUCAUCACAACCACACAGCAACAUCAUGGAAACACCACAGCAACUGUCACUCCGACCUCUGAUGCACAGCUACCAAGGACCUUCACCAAGAAGACCAGGAAGAAGAAGCCCUCAGUCGAUGAAGCCAUUGUCAGCAUGUGCACUCGACUGGCAUCCAGGCCCUCACCUGCUGUUGCACCGCCUGCUUUGACGGUGCAGUCCAAUCGUCGUGUUGCCUACUGUCACUAUCUGGCGUCUGAAGUGAUGCAAAUGACAGAGGAACAGUGGUUGCACUUCCAGAGGAGCUGUAACGAGCAGUUGUACCGCAUGAAUGUGGAGCUUCUUCAGCAGCAGCAGGGCCCACCUGCUCCUGCUGCCGUGACCGCUGUCCACACCCAGCAUCCUCAGAGGCCUGCCAGUGUUCCAGCCAGCGUUCCACUCACUCCUAGCUACUCCUCCACCACCUCCUUUGGUCGAGAGCAGAACGUACAGCAGCAGGGCCCUUGGACAGGUGCACCUCACCCUGGUUUCUCACCUAGUUCCUUUGCCACCGUACUCAACAAUACAGUACAUUCUCAACGGCAGACACACCAAGUGGGUACAGACCCCAGCCCAGUAUGGACGGGUUUUGAGCCAUGAGCAGUGGGAACAUCGUGUAUCACAACUUGGUUGUAUAUGAUGAUGUUGCUCCAUGCACAUACGUAUGUACAUGUGUAUAUUUAUGGUUGACGCCUUUGUGUCAUUUGUAGUGAGUAGAGAUACGUGUAUCACCAGUGGUGGGCACAGCUAACCAAAGAGUUAGCUUCGAUAACUGAUAAUCAGCUAACUGAAAAGUUAUCUUUGAUAAAGCUAAAUCGAUAAAC